CCCCUCUUUCUCCCUCCUGUAGGCUACUACCACUACAGCACCACUACAGCUGCUAACUGCUGGUGCUGCACGCCAUCGUCCACCCGACACACACACACCUCCCGCCUCCUUGUCUCUUCUACUCGUCAGUGCUUUUUUGGCCCGUGUGCCUCUCUUUUCUUCCAACCUCCCCCUCCCCUCCCUCGACUCGAACCUCGAUUCUCUAUUCCUUUGGAUUUCUGGUUGCCCAACAGCGCAUUUGCAAACUCCACGAUACCCGCCCUACGCGAGACCAAGCUUGCCGUUUGCCAAAUCCCACCUUGCCUCGUGCUCUCCUUCGAUACCACCUCACACCGACCUUAUAUCCCGCCAACUGCUCCUCUGGACAUGACAACGCUGCACUGACAGUUGCUCCCAAUACCACUCACCAGCGACAGCUUCGAUUUUCUUGCGUUGUGUUUCUUGAUACUGUUUUCUUCUGGAACUGCUGCCGCCUCGCCAGCUAGCUACAACAGCUGUAGCUACACCUGCAAUCCUCGGCUCCAUACCCACCUCGGCGCACAUUUGCCUACCAACAGCGGCAGUAACAGCUCUUUCUUGUCUCUCAAAUACAGUCAAGCGCUCACGCCUAGAUAUACGGCUCCUCCAGCAGCAGCAAUUAUAGUCGAUAAUACCCUCCGAAGAAUGUCCUAGCAACGAUCAACCCUGUGCACCCGCUUUCCUCGCUAAGAAGAGCGCAUUUCAUCUCUAGGCCCGCAGUUUGGCACCGCAGCCAUGCGGAUGCCCGUAGCCGCCAAAAAGGCAUCCCACGAAGCAAUUGCUACCCCCAGGCCCCCUAAUCCGUCUACCCGCAAGCUCAACGAAUCCGACACUUGGAACUCGGGCAUUGACGAGCCUUCUUCUGGUCGGGAUGGCAGGCAGUUUGCCGUCGCCAAUGUCGGCAACAAUGGUCGCAUCUAUUUAAGGCCCUCCGUGCGUUCGGGAACACGCCGUUAUCCUAUGCGGCAACCACUUGCUUCGGAUUCUCCGCAAAGCAACGCCGCCUCGUCCUCCGAAUCAAAGCGAACUAAUACUAGCAGCACAAAAGCAGCCCCAAGCUCAUAUAAGCCGCCACAAGCAAGCAAGAGGUUUCACUUCAGUGAUGUGCGAAAUCUCGCUCGACCGACGCGGCAUCGCAGAGCGCUCUCCGAUAGCACCAUUUGCGAGGGCUCAACCCGUGGGUUAGAUGCUGAGAUGUCCACCCCCGCUUCAGCAAAUGGGCCUCGUCCGCGCACCACAGAGGACCUCGAUGCCGCCACCAGCCCUGUUCUCAAUAUCAAUAUCCCAUCCUGGAGACUGGGUACACCCCGAUUUUCGGUCCGCGGCACCCCCUUCAUCAGAGCUUCCUCGUACGCCCCAACUGAAGAUGUUCGGUCCAGUCGAGGUUCAGUGUUGAAUCGGCGUUCAUACGACCAGGGUGCAGUUCCUACCUCCUUCACAUGGAGACCAAUGGAUCCCUCCCUUGAAAAUGAUUCAAAGAGCCGGUUACAAGCAGAGCGCCUCAUGAGGACAUUGCCUACUGCUGCUUCAACCCCAAACGACUCAGUAGAUCCAAGUAUAUUUAAUGCUCUCACUUUCAAACCGACGUGUGAUGAUGCAACAAUCGUCAGAUAUGCUCAAAAUACGGACUCAGUUACAGCUGCUACACCACCCCGCCUUGUAGCUGAGAUUACUUCACCAACUUUCCUCGAUUAUGAAUUGAUUUCCGACUUCUUCCUUACAUAUCGCUCCUUCCUACCAUCAGAUCACCUAGCAAGGAUGCUCUUUGCCAGAAUGAGAUGGUCAUUGGCAAGGAGAGAUGAAGUUGGCAUGAUUGUCCGCGUGCGAACCUUCGUUGCCGUCAGACACUGGAUCCUCAACUACUUCAUGGACGAUUUUGUCAUGGACUACGACUUACGUGUCGCUUUUUGCCGAAUGAUGAAUGAAAUCGUCGAAGAUCUUUCCGAUGAUCCCAAAGUACGAAAGGUGCAGCUCAACGUUAUCAGUGAGCUGAAAAAGUGCUGGCGGCGGAUAUGUGCUCAGUACUGGGACAUGCCCAACUAUGGUGAAGCGGUUAGUCCCGAGGUCACCAUCACUCCAGGCGGAAUCGCUGGAAACCGUGAUCCUGGUUUAGAUCCUUCAUACUGGGAAACCCAGGGACUUUCACCUCCUCAAAUGUCCCCAUUGCUUUUCAACGGAGGGUUCAAUGCUGACACCGGUGCUGAAACACCUCGACCAGCACAAGUUGGUGAUUUCGUUGUAUUCGGUGAUCAUUCGAUGACUCCAGCGCGACGAAGAAGUGACGACGAUAAAACAGUCAGCCCUGUGUCUGUUCGAAGCUCAGGGAGUGCUGAUGCUCGUGCUGGCGUAUUGAUGAGCAAGAGCUCUAAGAGCGACGGUUUGAAGCUUGUAACGCAGCCUCAUUCACACCAACAUCCAGGAGCCGUUUCGCCAAGUACUAAGCAAAGUCCUGCUCCAAUGCGUACAAUGAGUCGUAAUGGUCAUGGACACAAACGGAGCAACAGCAUGAGCGAGUCGCUACGACAGCAUGACCGAGAAUACCUCACCACAGCACCAUCUAUGGGCAGCCUCGUCCGUGGAAAUAUUCUACCUCCAGGGCACUCUUAUGUUGAAGAUCCGGCCCAUGACUACAACGCGCUCAAUAUCAAUGGCCCCCGUCAAACGACAAUGUUCAACACACAGAGCCGGACAGUGGUGGCUAAGGAGCGUUCAUUAGCUGGUGCCAUGUCGGCAUCAGGCAUGAAGCGACUAGUAAAUAGCGUUCGACGGGCUCUUACAUCCCGUGGUCCAGUCACGUCCCCUACACAGGCGAACUUUAUCAGGAUAUCGCCUGUUGACCGGCGUGUGAUGAUAUCGAAUGCCUUGCCUAGCUCCGCUCUCGUUCCACAAGAUGCCCGCAGACAAAAUGGUAAUCGGCCACCAGUCCGAAUCGACUUAUUGGGCGCCGAAGUUGCCGAAGAUUUCAAAAAUGCUAUUCGAGAAGGUCAAGAUGCGGAGAAUCUUGCAAGAUUAAACGAGGUUGGCGAGCAAGGCACAAUCAACAUCGCGUAUGAUGGAGGUGCCUCGCCGCUAAUACCACCACCAGCAAGCGAUGCAGGAAUGACUAUUAAUAGCCAAUCUAUAAUCAUUAUGGACGGCACAGGUGAGGCUACUCUGCCUGGUCUUCUUCACUCUGGUCGACAUCUCACGCCAUCCAUGGAAACAUAUACCGAAACAUAUAUGCUUGCCGGCGGCGACCCUACUCCCCCAAACACACCACCAGCCCCGUAUUCGAGAGACACACCAAGACGAUCAUCAUAUUUAUUGAACCAACAUGUUCUCCAAGCUUCACGAUCAGAGCCUAUGCCAGUUCCAGUGAUGCCAAAUUUGGAUGAGAAGCUACGCGAGGCUGACACUAUGAAAAAUCCAGUGGCGACUCUUGGGCCUGGAGACAGCGCACCUAAAGCUGCAGAGGCUAUGUUCCGAACACAUCGCCGCUUUGCAUCCUCAAGAACACAGCAAUCGCUCAGUUCCAUUAUGCAUCGACGCUACAGCAGCGGAGUCGUACAGUCCGUACAAAGCUUCGAUCCAGCCACUGAGUCCGACUUUUCUAUUAUGGAUGGCGAUGAUUCCGAUAGUGCAGUGCCUGGCCCUCUCCGGGUUUUGCGUAGAAGACCUGGCGGGGAUUUAAAGACUGCCCGGAACAUUGGAGAUCUUCAGCACCGUCUCCUGAGGAAAUCUCAGUCUGUUGGUUCAUUUGUCACUUACACUGAAUCUAUACGGUCAAGCUUCAUUGGCUAUGGUAACGAGAUACCAAACUCGCUCAUUCUAGGCGAUGAUACUGUCAAGCUUCAGCCUGCCGUCUUCUCGGUUGGCCAAAUGACGAAGAAACUGGAGCCCCAAGUGCCUGACGAUGGGGCGGACGACUCAUUCCAAGAGGCACAGACAAGCGGCCCAGUUCGUAAAUCGUUUGAAGCGGAGGCUCAACGGCUCGCCCAAAUUACGGACGACGAUGAAGACGGUGGUAUCGAGUCAGCCCUCCUAAAACUUGAAGGCAAAUACGAUAAGAAUGCUCGAAAACACGACCAUCACGCAUCAGGUAGCGAAGAGAUUAGCAUUGAGCGUCUAGGACAAGCACUGCAACAUUUAGCUGGUGGUCAUGAAGAAGCCUUUCCAUCUGAGGAGCCUCUCUCAAGCGCCGAACCCGCAGCUGAGGAGGAGCCCAUCGAAGCGGUGACUGAUGAAAAGCCUGUCGCAGCAGAAUCGUUUCUCUACGACGAAUCGAUUGCGUCAUCUGCCAACGUCGCCCCAAUGGCCGACUCAAUUAAUCACGCACCUACAGGUAAUGCUGGGGAGCAAUGGCAAGACCGAUCAGUGCUUUGCGACGGUGUGGAAUCAUCUGUAGCCGAUGAUGAACUUGAUCAACACGGCCAACAUGGUGAGCAAGAGUUGUUCUAUCUAAGCCCUGCCGUGUACAAUCCGAACGCUCCUAAUCGCGCAGCUAUGGCGAGUAUUGCAAUUGACAAGGAAUCUGAUACUCAGACUUUCUUGGACGACAAGAGCAUCUCGGAGAGCGAGCUUUCAUCAGAAAUGUCGCAAGAAGACCAGCAUACCACCAACUCCUUUCAUGCAAGUGGCUAUCUUUCUAGCCCAGAACUUCCAUCACACCCUAUGGCGGAUCCAGUCCCAGAGACAUUGUUGGCUUCUCCUUCGUCCCCACUCACUACUCCUCGGCAGGCUGUAGCACCGACUAUGGAAGGGCCUCUGUCAGCUAAGCCAUCAACAGCAGUGUUGCUACCAACACCUGAUACCACUCCAACUGCGCCAUUCACACAAACUCUUCCAACUCCAACGUUAUACCCGUCAUCCAGAACUAUGGAAACGCCACGUGCUGCACCAGCUCCACCGGCCGGUGACAGCUUAAGGAAAUAUUCAGUUCACUUGCCGUUUAUCCUUGCUUUUGACUCUGAUAUCUUAGCACAACAAUUCACUCUCAUCGAGAAAGACGCUUUGAUCGAGAUUGACUGGAGAGAUCUGAUCGAUAUGAGCUGGAAGAAUGCAGCCAGCGGAAGCUCACGAUCAUGGGUCGACUUCCUUCGCAACAGUAAUGCACAUGGCGUCGAGGUAGUCAUUGCAAGAUUCAAUAUCAUGGUCAAGUGGGCAAUCUCCGAGAUUGUGUUAACCCAGCACAUUGAAGAGAGAGCCCGCUGUAUUAUCAAAAUGAUUCACAUUGCAAUGCAUUGCAGAAGAUACAGAAACUUUGCAACCAUGGCCCAGUUGGCUGUUGCUUUGACAAGCAAUGAAGUUGCCAAGCUAACCAAAACGUGGGAAAUGGUGCCAAUGCAGGAUAUGAACACGCUCGAGACGCUCGAGAACCUUAUUACGCCUUCCAGAAACUUUUACAAUCUUCGCGCUGAAAUGGAAACUGGCACAGAUGUCGCUUGUAUCCCCUUUGUUGGCAUUUACACACAUGACCUACUUUUCAACGCACAGAAGCCGUCCGAGAUUGCCAGCUCGCCAACCUCCCUACCACUAGUCAAUUUUGAGCGCUGCCGCGCAGCAGCAUCAGUUGUCAAGAUACUACUCCGUCUUUUAGAAGCGAGCACACAUUACUCAUUUCAACCACUGGAAGGCAUUACUGAGAGAUGCCUCUGGGUCGGUGCGUUGGGAGACGAAGACAUCCGUCGCCGAUCAGAAGCCCUUGAAUGAUUUGCUUGCUGUACUGCUGGCGUUCCCACAGGCUGCACUUUGACGAUACCCUCAUUUUCUUGUUUUUUCACAUUACGUUGUUUCUUUCGUUUUGGUCCCCCUGUAUUCGCUGUUUAUUCUCAUGUUUUUACGUGACCGCCUGCAUCGCCUCUGAAUGCUAGGCCCUUACACACACAUCGCAUCACAGGCGCAGAUUUAGCAUAUGCUCUCUUUUUGUUUGUUAUCCGCACGAGCAAGGUUGACAAAGUGGAAUUGGCUUCUGUAUAUAGAGCUCACAGUAUGUAUAUUUAGCGAACCAUUUCUCAAGGCAAAAUAGUACUACCUGCUCACAUCAUCGAGCCUACAAAGAAAAUCUUCUAGUAUUGAGUUACUGUCCACUUCAAGUUUAAUGUUUAUGAUGACUUGUCACUUAGAAGGAUUGGGUCCAUGUUUUCAGAAAAGGUAUUAUCAUUU